UGCAAUGCGCGCCUGCGCAAUGGGCCUGUGCUGGCGCCGGCUUCCCGGCCUGUGUGUUGCGGUGGAGAGGGCCAUUUGGCUCGGCCCGAGUCGAGCUAUGAGCAAAAACAAGAUCCCGGACAGAUGGCAGAAAUACUCUGCUGUGGGACGCAGGCUCCCGGGGACCAGAUUCAUCGCCUUUAAAGUCCCUCUGAAGAAGAUAUUCGAAAGGCACCUGCAACCUUGUGAAUUUUUCUCACCGACUGACCUCUUCAGACAGAUCCAAGAGCAGAGGGAGGAAUUGGGAAAAAUCAUUGACCUUACCUUUACAAAGCGCUACUAUGAUCCUCAGGAGCUGCCAGAAGGUUUGGUCUACGAGAAAAUUUUCACUGCUGGUCAUGAAGUGCCAACUGCAAAAACCAUCUUGACAUUUAAACAAGCUGUCCAAAACUUCCUGUCAGAUAACAAGGAUAACGAUAAACUGGUUGGAGUUCAUUGCACUCAUGGAGUUAACAGAACUGGCUAUCUCAUUUGCAGGUACUUGAUCGAUGUGGAUGGGAUGGAGCCUCACAACGCAAUCAAUUUGUUCAAUCAAUCGCGAGGAUACCAAAUAGAAAGACAGAAUUAUAUCCAGGAUCUUCUGCAGGGGCCAUGCCACAGCAACAAAGGAAUUGGUGCACGGGGUGUCAAGCAGAAGGAAGCUCCCAUCCAACCGCCCAAGUUCAAGCAGCAAGAGAGACUUUCUAAAGGGAAAUACCCCAAACCGAACGGUUUUCGUGAGUUCAGCCAAUUCACCUGCCCACCAAGACAGUCUGCUCACCCCUCCCAGCCCGUGCAGCAUCCCAAGGGACAAGUGCUUGGGGCUGGUGCUUGGAGCCAAACCGUUCAGUACAAUGGGAAAAGAAUGUUAUCUUCCAAUCGUGAUUAUGGAGAACAGGAACUCGCCUUGAGGAAUUGUCAAACCAAGACUCCACGGUGGGGCGGUCAGCCAGGGGCCUCACGUUGGAGUGGUCAGCCACAGGCCUCAGGGUGGAGUGGUCAGCCGCAGGCCUCACGGUGGCGUGGUCAGCCAGAGGCCUCACAGUGGGGCAGUCAGUCGGAUUCCUGGCAGUGGAACAGUCAGCCGCCAUGGCAGCACCGGAAUUAUCAGCAACCCUGGCAUGUUGGGAGGGGUAACAAAGGCUGGAAACUAAAUUCUGGCGCUCAGGCCAAAUUGAACACACAUCUUCGGUGGGACAACUGAAAUGUGAAUUGCAGAUAUUUUAAUAAUUUUAAUUUGCUAUGUGUGAACACAUUUAGCAUUGCGAUUUUAUGAAGACUGCUUCAUUAUGAAGCGUUGUUUGAGAUGAAAUAGAGCAGUUGAAUGGGAGCUGGUCUGGAUUUGAGAUCAGUGUCCUAAUGUUUCUCAUCAGUUGAUGCAGAGCCUGUUGAAUGACAUGUCUGAGGAUCUUCCUUGAUUUCCUGAGACCACUGCACUGUGCCAGUGAUUGUCCUGCCCCCCGAGUUGGCCAACUAAAACUUUUCAUGUCUCACAGCCACAACUUUGGAAGCCUUUUGUUUCUAGUUAUACUCAGCAAGCCCAAGGGGAAUGGGGGAGGGAGGGACAAGCAGAAUGAAUGUGCAGUCAGUGGAUUUGAAGUGAAGGGUGGUUUGUCAUUUCCCAGUUUCUUAGCUGGUUUCUAUCUGUGGCAUUCCAUUGAAAACAUAUUUAAAUGAUACUUAGGUUCUGGGACAUGUAUGACCUCCCCUGAGGUUUCACCUGGGCCAAUCAGAAAGUCAUGCACCAAAGUUGUCGAAUAUUAUAUUUCAAACUGGCUACCCUAUUCUAUUGUUCCUUUUGCAUGAUUUAAUUUUCAUUAUAUUCAGCCAGCUUAAAACCUCUGUGCAAAUUCCACUGCAUUCAGCUGGCUGUGAUCAGAGUCUCAUUUCUGAUCAGCAUCUUCUGGCUUCAGUGGAAUUCAGGCUUAGCUCCAAGCAACACCCACUGCACCUCCUCAUCCCACCCCCCCAACCCUCCGCCCCAAAAUCCCAAGGAGAAUCCAGACUUGGAAUUGCAGGUGACCAGUGCCAUCUGUGAGAAAAUUUUAAUUCUGCUGGUGAAGUCUCAUCUUAAUUUGUGUGUUUUCUCCCUGGGCUUUCAGCUUGCAUUAUCAAAUGUGACAUAGCUGAAAGUUUUUUUUGUCUUUUUAAACAUAACUUGCCUGAAUCAAACAGAAAAGGUUAUUUUACCUUCUUCGUUGGCACAAUGCAGAACUAAAUUCAGAAAUAAAUGUGUGUCCCAAUCUACUGUCUGCAGUUUUCUGAUUCCAGGAUUGUGAACAAGAAUUCAUUUGACCAUUGUCAUCCUGGGGCAUACUGGAGAGACCGGUUUACUGGGCCUUUUUCUCUGCUGUAGACCACUGUAACGACAAAAUUCACAAACUUGGAUUAAUGGGGUGUGAAUACAAAGUUUAAACAUGACUGGGUACGGAAGGAAGACUGAAUUUUAAAUCACAAGCAGAUGUGGAGUCAUUGGACUUGAGUUGAGAGCAAGCAGUUAAAACUUAACAAACAAAGGACUGGUGAGGUCUACAAUUGAGUCUCGAGUUCAGACUGCAAGUCACAUUUUAGCGAGGUUGUCUGGAAGGAUCUAGAUGACGUUAAUUAGAAUGGUGCCAGGCGAAGAGUCUUCAAUUAUUUGGAGAAUCUGAGGAUUGCUAAGAGGAAAUGUGAUAGAAGGGAUCAAAAUCAUACAUGGCUUUGGUAGUCAAACUAAGGAGAAGGUAUUUCUGGUGGCAGAAGAACCGGGAACAAGAUGAAGAAACAGCCAGUUGUUAGGUGGAAUGCAAUUUUUUUGAGCAGAUUCAUCUUCUGAAACUGAAUUGGAUAAAUGGGAAGAGAUGGUUUCAGAGUGGAAAUGGCUCUUGAUUAUUCGAAUCCUUCCUCAUUUGAAGUCCAAACUGUGCUCCUUAAAUUCACAAUCCCAACAUGACCACAGGGAUGUCUGAACGAAGUGGAAUGAGUUUCUUUGAACAUUUCUUGUCGAGAAAAACUACAUCCCUGAAUGAGAGAAUUUUUGAUUUUAUUUGACAAGAGUAGAGUCCUAGUCAUAGAGAUGUACAGCCUGGAAUCACACCCCUUCAGUCCAACUCGUCCAUGCCAACCAGAUAUUCCAACCUAAUCUUGUCCCACUUGCCAGCACCUGACCCAUAUCCUUCCAAACCCUUCCUAUUCAUAUACCCAUCCAGAUGCCUUUUUAAAUGUUGUAAUUGUACUAUCCUUCCUCUGGCAGCUCAUUCCAUACACGUACCACCCUCUGAGUGAAACAUUUGCCCCUGAGGUCUCUUAUAGCUUUCCCCUCUCACCCUAAACCUAUGCCCCUCUAGUUCUGGACUCCCUCAGCCCAGGGAAAAGACCUCAUCUAUUUGUCCAAUUCAUGCCCCUCAUGAUUUUAUAAACCUCUAUAAGGUCACCCCUCAUUUUUCCACAAUCCUUCAAAACUCAAGUCCUCAGAGGGAAAAGAAAUGAAAUAUGAAGCCUCCGUAAAACUGUGCAAUCAGUUUUUGAGCAUUUUUUUUCAUUUAAGCAGAAUUUUAAGGCUCUAAAGCAGUACAUUGUCUGUCACAAAAACAUUUCAGGCAACUCCAGAACCUGUCCCACAUGGUGACUGUCACCAACCAGCACAAACCCGUUGCCGAAGGGCCCCACUUGGUGCUCCAAAGCCAACAGAAGCUUGCAGGUUCAAUAGAAUAGGGGCUCGGCCAG